AUGCCUGCACUCUUUAUGAAGAAAACAUCGAUAAACAGGAGAGAACUGGAAUUUGAAACUUUGGUCAUGGAUGAACGCAAUGGUAUUGAUUGCUUUCCCUUCACUAAUCCAGUUGCUGUUAAAUUAGAGCAUUCUUGCAAUGGUCUUAUUCUUUUUGAAGUUCGAGAUGAAUCUACAGGAUAUCACACAACUUAUUAUGUCAUAUACAAUCCGUCCAAGAAGCGUUUCAAAACCCUUCCUUCACCUCCAUUCAGAAUAGAUCCUGUUGUGGGUGCAUGCAGUGCAGAUAUCAGCAAAGAUGUGUUCCAUAUUGAAAUCUACUCUUACAAGACAGACUAUUGGAGAGAUGCAGGAGAUCCCUUUCCUUUUUCCGCACCUGGUAUAUUAUCGGUCUUUAGUGUGUAUUGGAAUGCUUCAGUGCACUGGAUAAACCAGCUGACGGAAACUCUUCAUUAUUUUGAUAUUGAUUGUGAAGCAAUGAAGACAGUUGCAAUGCCAAGGCAAUCGUAUUCUGAAGGAGAUUAUAGUAGGCAUAUUGUUUACUUUGGUGAGUGCAGGGGACAUAUGCAUCUCAUGGAGAUGCUCAAGGAUGACAUUCCACAUUUUGACAUUUGGGAGAUGCGAAUGGACUAUUCGGGAUGGAACAUCGAGUUUUACGUUGAACGGCCACAAUCUCUACUCCUGCAAAAUCUUCAGCAGUUGUUCAGCUAA